ACACUCAGCGAGUUUCACCGCCUUCGUCACGGCCUGAGACAUCGACGUCAUCACUCUGCGCCGCACACCGGCUGUAAACAGCGUGUAAGAAAGCCAGUAGAACCAGUGGAUGGUGUCUCGGGUGAACUAUGUCGGUGUUUCAUGACGAGGUGGAGAUUGAAGACUUUGAGUUUGACGAGGAGACGGAGGCCUACUACUUCCCGUGUCCCUGCGGAGACCGUUUCUGUAUAACUAAGGAGGACCUGGAGAAUGGAGAGGAGGUGGCCACAUGUCCCAGCUGCUCGCUCAUUGUUAAAGUCAUCUAUGAUAAGGAGCUUUUCAUGUCCGGAGAAAUCAUCGAGGCUCCAUCAGAGCCCAAACUGCGGCGAGUUCAGUCCUGAACCGGGACUCGGGUUUAAACAGAUUCUGUUCAAACCGACUGAGACGCUCCGAGGGGAGAAAACAUACACUUCAUGUUUGACGUGAGCCCUCAUGUUUCCAACAGGUUUCUGUUGUCAGGAGUUAGUGGUGCGUUCAUGUUCCAUGGGGAAAUGUCAGACUCCCAGAAGCUGCAGAAAAACGAUGCUUUUAGCAGCUGGAGGUCAGCAGGAAAAGAAGUCCAGGAUGACUGGAGGUUCUCCUGAAGCUUUCAGCUCCUGAACCAAGAAAUCAGAAUUCACUGAAUCAGUUGGUCCAAACUUGAACUUUGCCCUGUUGAGGUCAGCAGUAGGAGAAGACUGAAAAACCAGGGUUCACUGGAUCAUUUAACUGGUUGCCAGACAGCUAUAAUACUGUGUUUCUUUGAAUAAAUAUGAUAAAUAUGUA